AUGGCAAACGCGGGGAUACAGCUCCUUGGAUUCGUCUUGUCUUUUCUUGGCUUCAUCGGGUUGAUAGCAUCCACGAUCAUGGCCGAGUGGAAACUGUCAUCCUAUGCUGGGGACAACAUCAUAACGGCGCAAGCCAUGUACGAAGGGCUUUGGAAGUCCUGUGUAUCGCAGAGCACUGGUCAAAUCCAGUGUAAAGUGUACGAUUCACUGCUCCAACUAACGGGUAAUUUCUUACUUUAAUUAAUUUUUAUGGAUAUGCUUUACAGUAACUAUACAAACAAUUAUAAACGACUUGUUUCAUGAUUCAAAACUUAGUACCAGAAGGCUUAUAAAUUAAUCCACAUCUGUAAAGUGUUAAUAAAAUAAAUGAAUCUAAUCCAUUUACCUUUGAAAACAUGCAUGAGCCUACAAUAGACUAAGUGAGGUUUAAGAACGUAUCGCCCCCGUUCUACAGAAGAUAUCAUGCAUGUACAGACAAGUCUUGAGAAUGCCAAGGCUAACCAUCAUGCCUGCUACUCAUGGUAACAGAGGAAAACACACGAGCUCCAUCUACACUAGGUGUAAAACCCAACCCCAUUGUGCGCCAGUGUCUGAUACAAUGGAACUCUGAAGUCAAUAUCAAGUCAAAAUCCAAUUUCUUAGCAAAUGUUUGAAAAAUGUUAUAUUGAAGCAAUAAUGUCCGAGGGUGUGUGGUACACUAUAUGGCCAAUAUACCACGGCUAAGGGCUGUUCUUAUGCACGAGGCAUCGUGGAGUGCCUGGAUACAGUCCUUAGCUGUGGUAUAUUGGAAAUAUACCACAAACCACAGAGGUGCCUUAUUGCUAUUAUAAACUGGUUACCAACUUAAUUAGAGCAGUAAAAAUAAAUGUUUUGUCAUACCCCUGGUAUAUGGUCUGAUAUACCACAGCUGUCAGCCAAUCAGCAUUCAGGGCUCGAACCACCCAGUUUAUAAUUUACAUUCAGCAUUUUCCUCAUCAAUUGAACCUGCAUUUUUCACAUUCAAGGUGAUGAGACGGUUUAAUACAUCUGCAUUCCUACCCAAUUAUCCCCUUUAUAUUAUAAAUGUAUUAGCUCUGAAUACAUUGAGAAUAUUACAUUCUUUAGGCAAUCUGACGUUAUUUAGGAGCUAGGCUAUAUGCAGGCCCUAUGACAUAUGUAAUAACAUAGUGAUGACAUAAUCAUUAAAGAUCAAAUAUGAAAUUCUGUUAUUGAUUGAUUGUGUCUUCUGUCCCUCCUCUUGACCCCAGGGCUGGUGCAGGGCACGCGAGGUCUCAUGGUGGGUGCCAUCCUGCUGGCUGGCAUUGCCAUCCUGAUGGCCAUGGUGGGCAUGAAGUGUACCACCUGUCUGGCUGAGAACCAGGAGCAGAAGGGCAAAGUUGCCCUGACCGGAGGAAUCCUCAUCAUUAUCGCAGGUGGGGUUUAUAGUCCACACAGUACCAUGCAAUAGAUCUUUAUUAAACUAUUUGCAUGAAAAUUGUUCUUCUUUUUUUGUUUGUUGCUGAAACACUUCCCAACUUGACACACCAAAGAGUGUGUUAUACAAAGCUGUUGACUAAAGCAAAACCACACUGGAAGUCAGGCUAACUAGUAGUUAGUACCUCACCCAAGUGUAAAAAAUAGUAGGGGGUAUUUACUUUUGUUUCCCCUGCCUACCCUAUAAUUUCAUACUGCAAAUAAUUUUUCAACCAGAUUCUUUCUACAUCAAUAUCUAUUGAUGAUUUUUCCUAUGAUGUUGUUGUCCUCCUGUCGCUUAGGUCUGUGUGCUCUGGUGGGGACUUCCUGGUACGGGAACAGAAUAGCAAAGGAAUUCUACGACCCCUUCACCCCUACAAAUUCCAGGUGUGCUGUCAUCAUCAUUUUGACAGGGGACUAAGAAGGCUUUGUUUGUCUUCGGGGAGAAUCCUAACCUAGCUGGGUUUUGCGUAAAAUAUACAAUAUAUUACGAUUGUGUGAAUAUUAUAGUUACGCAAUAUUUCAAGUUUGCAGUUGUGCCUCUAUACAUAACUUACCAUCAUCUAUGUUUAGUUCUUGAUUGAUAUUGUUAUUGAAAUGUCUAUCUGCAGGUAUGAGUUUGGCAAGGCCCUGUUCGUAGGAUGGGGCUCUGCCUGCCUCACCAUCAUAGGUGGAGCCUUCCUCUGUUGCAACUGCACCAGUAAAGGUUCAGGGAAGUCGUCCCGCUACCCCACGAACCACUCCGCUGCCCCGCCUGGCAGAGACUACGUCUAG